GUUGAAGUCGAGGCGUGGGUGUAAGAAGUAAAGGAUAAAAAGUGCUCGUAGCAGUGCGGUUCGUGGGAAAGAAGCAGGAACAAAAAUGGUUUUACACAGCACAUCCAGGCAGUUGGGAUAUCUGUACGCCGGUUUGUGUUUAACCUGUUCGGUACUUUUGCUGAUAAAUGCUUGCCAAAUAUUAAGCAAUGAUAAUAAAUCCCAUCCAUAUCCAAUGGUUCACUACUCAUAUAGUUCAGGGAUGUACAACCGAGCCGAGGAGGCAGGCCCUGGGACAGGAAUCUCAAUCCGCAGGGAUGAUCACUCAAUUGUGGGAUUGCUUGGAGUCAUUUUUGCGACUAUUUCCUGUAUAUUCGAUGUAUACCUGAUUGCAGGAAUCGUGCUGCGUCGUUUGAAAUAUGUCGAAUACCAUCUAAAGUUUGUUUCGUUCGUUUACGUGAUUCUAUUGAUUGGAAUAUUUGGAGGAUGUAUUGUUAUGGGUAUUUUGUUAGCUCCUGAGUGGAAUAAAGAGUUCGAACAAGGAUUACUUUUGGUCGCCUCUUUACUUUUCUCUUUUGGAUUGGUAACAUCAGUUGUACUUUAUACUUUAACUCUCUGGAUCAUUAGAGGUAUAAUGGAUUUCAUCAAAUAUGAAAAUGUUCGUUUCGUUACACCGGAGCAAGGAGAAAUGGUGUAGUAGGACACAAAUGGUUGAACACGUAUGUCACAUCUCAUUCCGUUGCAAUAACGCAACAAAAUUUCUA